GUGCGCGCGGCUCGAGACAGCAGUAGCUCCGCUCGGGAUCUCAUGUGGGGAAUAAAAGACGCUUUUAUACGCGGAUACGGAUUAAACUAUAAAGGGUUCUAGGUAUAGAAGAAGGACACGACCCUUAAACUCUGAAGUGUCCCGGUGCCAGCUGGACAGGUCAACCCAACCGUAGCGCCGCAGGACAAUAGCAGCGAACUCGGAGACCUGAGUCAGAUAUCGAAAAGCAAAUAGUCAAGCUCAUUAGCUUCAAAAAAGCUUCUCGGGAAAAAAACAACAGGGAAAAAAGCCUUUCAAAUUUCGAAGGAACGUUGCAAGAACGAUAAAUCGAAAAAUCGAAUCAAGAGCAAAUAUACUGACUGCUGUUUGUGCCACUCUGUGGUGAAGAAAACAUCUCAUUUGGGAGAGAUUCUGGAUUACAAGAAAAGGAUUUCCCUAUAUAGAAAUGCUUGUUUGAAUACUGGUGACCACGAGUUACAAAUUAUAGCGAAGUCAAGCAGUUAACGUUGUCACUUAAACCUCCCAGACUGACACCUCAAUGUAUAAAUGUCUACAUGUUUAGGGAUCCUAUAAAUGGAUCCCUAAAAAUUCCCAUGGUCUAUAUCCUGCUAUGAUUCAGAAAGCUAAACCCUCGUAAAGCCACCGUUAGAUUUCUUUCAUCUCUUUUGUACUUUAAAUUUUUGUACUUUCUGUUUGGAUGUGACUUCCCAAAAAUGAAACCCUUAACCCCCAUUGGUUCGCCCUCUCCUCUCCGGCUCUUAAACAAGGGUCCCGAUUACCUGCGCAGGCAGAUGGACGCUGGAUGCAGGGGUCGAUCAAUCAGUGCCGUUGAACGACUAGAGGCCGACAAAGCCAAAUAUGUUAAGAGUCAACAAGUCAUCAAUACCAAACAAGAACCUGUUUUAGUGCCCUGUGCCACCCCUCCACCUCUACCCCGUCGCAACUUCACCGUGUCCACACCCUCAACACCCGUUCUUUCUCCACGAAGACAAACACUUCCCUCCUCUUCAUCGCAGCUCUCGGAGGACGACUCUAGGAAAGAGAAUUUUCAGUCCGAAGCUGAUGUGGAAGGACGCGAUCGCAGCAAUGCAAACAAGCCCCCCACUCCUUCCCAAAGAACCCCGAUCACUAAGCCGUUAGUCGCUCCGCACAGCGCUCCGAUGAUGCGAAGGAGCACCGGCAAACGAAUGCUGCGUCCCGACUCCCUGGUCAUCUACAGACAGAAGAAAGAAUGUAAGAGUCCCGGCAGCGGUGGUGGAAACGUCAACAUGGAGGCCAGGGGCUACAGCUUCGUUCGAAGGCUCUUUCAAGGAUCGAUGCGCGAAAAAAACAGCGUGAAUGAAACGGCUCAAAAAAUGGUGAUAAACGAAGAGAAGGCUGCUUCUUCUCGCGAUGGUGACUCACGGAUGUCCUGGUCCAAUGACAAAGACACAGACGGUGGUAAUGAGACCAGAAGAUCGAGCAGAUCCGAUCGAGAGUCCUCGAUGCCUCAAAUCGACAACACCGGCUUUCUUGAGAAACAAACGAAGAACAGCGUGCAUAACAGUUUACGAAACACCGUGGGUAAUUGUAACAAGAACGAUAUGGACCCGUGGAAACCGAUCGUUUCUCGAAUGAGGUCAGAUUUGAAACGUUCAAAGUCGGACUUGCGCCUACGCUGCUCUCUGGCUGUGUCCGAGCAGGAGCGCUUCUUUGACUUUUGCGGAUUGGACCUAGAUAUGGUGGAGAGACUCGGACCGGAUAACUUUUUAACGGGGGCCAGUUCAGUGGACACUCUCUCUUUGCUCCUGAGGAGCGUCGGAGGCGGAUCAGAACCCAGCGAGUUUUCUCGGCACUCUGGAGAAGGACUUUUUCAGGAGGAGCUCACCGAGCAGAUACCCACAGGUGUGUCUAUUAUUGAGAGAAACGCACGUGUUAUUAAGUGGCUCUACGGUUGCAAGAACGCAGCAGUCCAGGAAGGACCCAAAGAGUCCACGGUUUGAGUAUUAUACUAAUAAAAAAGACUUUUAUUCUUCACUGUCGCCUGGAGUAACUGAUACCGAAAACCACACUUAUGACUGUAUUUAUUUGUAUUUAAGAGAUUUGUUUAGCGUUCGAAACCAGUAUGAACCUGAAGCAUGUUUCACCUGUGAGAAUGCAUAUUGACAUUAUUUACACUGUGUGGUAUUACUAGUGAUGUAAUUUCCUGUUUUUUGUACAUGAGUACGUCCUGUUACUUCUGUUGGCUUCAAGAACAUCUCGGCUUAUAAUUUCAAAAUGAAAACCACUAAGCUUUUCUCCGGGGCUGGGAUACUAAUGCAUGAGUGCCAAAUGAACCAUGUGUACCUCAUUUCCCAACUGUCCUGAUUUAGUUUGUGUGUUGCCUUUUUCCUUAAACGCAGGCGUUGGAACGAACACACAAAGACCCCUGUGGGGAUAUAAAUGCACUGAAUUGGAGAGAAAAAAAUAAUGUGAGAGAGAGAGAGAAAGAGCAAUGUAUACUGCUCAAAUAACUUAUUUUUAACAUCAAGUGUAUGUGAAUAAACAUGCUGGGCAUUAAUGGCAACCUGAUUGAUUAACUGUGCCAAAGAAAUGACUAUGUAUUUAACACUGGCUGUGUACCAAACCCUUAUGACCCACAUCACUGUCUGUUGUCUACAUAGGCAGCUACCUUCUUAGGCAGCAUCCUAACCCUAUAGCUAUCAACUUUACCACCAUUUUGGAUCACAUUUUUGACCUUGUUGUAAUGCAUUGGGAUUGUCUUAUCUGUAAAAGAUACAUGCAAUCUUGCAUUAGUUUGGGAUAUAACCAAAUAUUCAAAACUGAUGGGGAUACAGGUACAACCGUGAGAAUCGUUAAUUGAAAAAUAAUGAAUAAUAUAAAUAGCUCACUAUGGUUAAACACACUUUUAUUUUGUAUUCUACUGAGAGUUACAAUAUAUCAAAUCCUCAAAUUCAUUGCUUAAAUACUGUAGGUUUUACUUUGGUGAUAAAUUACUGUUGUCUGCACAACCGUCCUGAGGAUAAACAUAUUUUUUUUGCAGUUGAGAGUUUGUGUGGCUAAACAUUCUUCAGUAAGCACUUGAUGAUCACGGUGUUGUGUUACACCCACAAAAGUAAAUAAAUUAGAGGAAGCCAAAGAGAACUGAUGGGGGUCACGCAAUCCCAAGGACGGUGAUCUGUUCUCAAACUAAAGGAGACGUCUGACUCUUCCUCCCAUCUAAACACAUUCAUCAGACACUGAUUCUCCUUUAAAUCCCUUUGGCUGGAGACAUUAAUCAAUCUCUAUCUCUUACCACUCACGUCAGGUCACAUGGCAACCCGCAAAGAAAGAUUUGGAACUGUGAUAUCUUUCCUACAUUACUAAGGUGAUUUGCGGGUUACCUCCAUGACCAAGAAUGGCACCUGAGAUCUCUCUCCUGCAUGUUUAGAUUUGAAUCCAAAGAGAAUCCAAAUAAAGUCAUAUUUCUGAACAA